AUGGCCCCCAUCCAAGUCGACUCCGCCGUCGAGAAGGACGACCUCUUCAUUCCUCUCAUCGACUUCUCCCAAUACACCUCGGGCACGCCCGAAGAACGCCUCAACGCCGCCGCCGCCCUCCUCUCCGGCUUCCAACGCGCCGGCUUCGUCUACCUCAAAAACCACGGCAUAUCCCCUUCCACCGUGCGGUCGGUCUUCGACCACUCGGCCCAGUUCUUCACCCGGCCGCAGGAGCAAAAAGACGCGUUGGCAUGGUACUCCCCGCGCGCCAACCGCGGCUACGUCGCGCACGGCCGCGAAAAAGUCACGCGCGCCGACUUCGCCGGCGACGUCGAGGCGCUGCGGCAGGCGGUGCCGGAUCUGAAGGAGAGCUUGGAGAUUGGGAGGGAGGGCGAGGAGGGCUGCCCGAAUAUGUGGCCGGAUCGGUUUGGGGAUGAGGAAGGGAGGAAGUUUAGGGAGGUGAUGGAGGGGUUUCAUGGGAGGUGCUCCUUGACCCUCCUCUUCCAGGAUGAUCGCGGCGGCCUGCAGGUCCUGUCGCCCAAGGGCACUUUCGUCGACGCCACCCCCAUCCCGGACACCAUUGUCGUCAACGCUGGCGACUUGCUCGAGCGCUGGGCCAACGAUACCAUCAAGAGCACCAAGCAUCGCGUCGUCGAGCCGCCGCCCAAGCCCGGCCAGGAGGGGCUUGACAAAUACCCCGCCCGCUACAGCGUCGCCUACUUCUGCAACCCGGACUUCGACAAAGUCAUCGAGGCCAUCCCAGGCACGUACGAGGAGGGGAAGCAGAAAUAUCCGAGCGUGCUGAGUGGUGAUUAUCUGGCCAAGAGACUGAGCGAGACGUACGGGGAUUUGGACAAGUACGAGCUGAAAAAGUAG